CGUUCGCAGCCGCGCCAUUAGUCUCGAGGUGGAGGCCGGGUCCGUUUUCAGUGCAUGGUUUUCCCCGCCAAACGGUUCUGCCUCGUGCCAUCCAUGGAGGGCGUGCGCUGGGCCUUUUCCUGCGGCACUUGGCUGCCGAGCCGAGCCGAAUGGCUGCUGGCGGUGCGAUCGAUCCAGCCCGAGGAGAAGGAGCGCAUAGGCCAGUUCGUCUUUGCCCGGGACGCUAAGGCAGCCAUGGCUGGUCGUCUGAUGAUAAGGAAAUUAAUUGCAGAGAAAUUGAAUAUCCCUUGGAAUAAUAUUCGUUUGCAAAGAACUGCAAAAGGAAAACCAGUUCUUGCAAAGGACUCAUUGAAUCCUUACCCCAAUUUCAACUUUAACAUCUCUCAUCAAGGGGACUAUGCGGUGCUUGCUGCUGAACCCGAGCUACAAGUUGGAAUUGAUAUAAUGAAGACUAGCUUUCCAGGUCGUGGUUCAAUUCCAGAAUUCUUUCAUAUUAUGAAAAGAAAGUUUACCAACAAAGAAUGGGAAACCAUCAGAAGCUUUAAGGAUGAAUGGACUCAGCUGGAUAUGUUUUAUAGAAAUUGGGCACUAAAAGAAAGCUUCAUAAAAGCCAUUGGUGUUGGACUAGGAUUUGAAUUUCAACGGCUUGAAUUUGAUAUAUCUCCAUUAAACUUGGAUAUUGGCCAAGUUUAUAAAGAAACACGUUUGUUUCUGGAUGGGGAGGAAGAAAAAGAAUGGGCAUUUGAGGAAAGCAAAAUAGAUGAGCACCAUUUUGUUGCGGUAGCUCUUAGGAAACCUGAUGGAUCUAGACAUCAGCAGGAUGUUCCAUCUCAAGAUGAUUCUAAACCAUCCCAGAGGCAAUUUACUAUUCUCAACUUUAAUGAUUUAAUAGCAUCUGCUGUUCCCAUGACACCUGAAGAUCCUUCAUUUUGGGACUGUUUUUGCUUCACAGAAGAAAUUCCAAUACGAAAUGGUACAAAGUCAUGAUAUAAUCCCCUAAAUAGCAAAAGGAAAUGAAAACUGUAAUCUUCCAUAGCCACUGAAAAAUAAAUGCCUGACAGUAUCAAAUUUUAUUUCACAAAACAGUUUUUAAAAAAUAAUGAAAACUUUUCCUUAUUAAAAAGCAGACUUUUCAGUUCAAGAUAGCUGACUAGAGUACGUGUCUUACCUCUACCUUUUCAAAAUUGCAUUGAAUUGAUAGAAAGGGUGGCAGAAUUUUAAAGUGAUACAUGUUCAUUGUAGGAAAAAAAUAGAAAAUGCUAAUGUGCAAGAAGGAAACAUUUAAAUCCUGUCUUUCAGAGAUAACUACUACUCUUAAAACUUUGAGUAUCUUUCCAGACCUUUUUCUUGACAUAUGAAUCCAUAUUAACAUAUUUGUUGUUUUUUUUAAAAUGGAACAUCCUGUUUUGUAAUUUUUUUUAGCUGCACACCUACCGUUUAUAAAUAUACCUCUGGGACAUAACUUUUAGUGGUUUUGAAGUACUCUAUUGUGUGGCUAAUAUCAGGUAGGAUGCUUUUGACCAGAGGUAACAAUGUCCAAAUAUAAUUGGCUUGAGUAACCGAGGUUAUUUAUUAUCUCACAUAAAACACAGUUCAGAGCUGUCAUUAAGGACCCUGGGGUUUUUUUUUUUUGGUUUUUGCCUUAGGGUCAUUCCCUUCCCAAUCACAAGAGCUGCUCUUGUAACUUCCAGUUUUAUAUCUUCAUAAAAUUGCAUCUAAAAGGCAGGAAAGGCCAUUUCUUCUCUCGUAAUUGUUUUAUCAGUGAGGAAGAAUUUUCCCUAAAGCCCUCAGAAGAUUUCCUCUGUUUCCAGUGACUCAGAUCUGGUCACAGAGAAAGGCCAUGUCUGACAUUUUUAGCCUCUGAAGUAGACCCCAUUGGAAGGGAAGAAGCUAAGGUUGGUUUGGGAGAAUGGCAUUGAAGAGAAGCCCACUGCCUGCCAUAAGAAAGAUAUGUCACAAUUUGCUCAUCUUUCUCUGUGUUUUUUUGGUUUUUUUUGUUUUGGCCACUGGCCAUUAUGGGAAUCUAAACCUUUGACCUUGGCAGUGUUAUCGACUCUGUGCUCUGACCAACUGAACUAACUGGCCGGCCCCUUGUGUUAGACAUUUUGAUUGUCUAUGGUUUUUUACUAUAAGCAUUGGUGCAGUGAUCGUCCUCUUACAUGGUAGUGCUUAAUUAUGUCCUUAAGAAAGUUUUUAGAAGUGGAAUGACUGCUAAACAUUUUUAGAGCUUUGAAGAAUGUUACUAUGUUGCUCUCCAAAAAAGGCUGUACAAUUUACAUUGCCAGUUAAUAGUAUAUGUGUGACCACCCCCUUUCCCACCUACAUAUUCUAUAGAGUCAACUGUAGGUAUUAUCUUUUUUUUUUUUGUAUUUCAUCUUUGCCAAUAUAACUGAAAAAUAUGUCAUCUUUUAAAUUUGUGUUUCUUUUGUUACAAAUGAGGUUGAUAUAUCAUUGUUGUUAUUGAUUGUAUUCCUUUUUUGUGAAGCGCCUGUUCAUCGUCUUUAAGUGUUUUUAUUUUAGUAAAUACGACUUAAUUUAAAGUGGGAACAUAAUAUAUAAAAUGCCAAGACCAUCAUAUUGAUGACAGAAUCUAUUAUAUGAUUAUAAUGCAUGUCUUGGGGAGUUAAAGUCUUAUUAAAUAUCAAGAAGUAAAAUAAUUUGUUUUUAUUACUAACAUUAAAAAAUGUGCAUAAAUUGUAUAAAAUUAGGUACUUUAGGGGAAAAAAAAAGGAAUGUUUUAUAAUUUUUCUUUAAUUUUAUUAAGCAUGCCCAGUUAUUCCAAGCAUAGUAAAUAUCUGUUUUGAAAAGAUCCAGUGGCAUUUAUAAUAGAGGAAAUAUUGUUAUCCCUAGCAUGAGUUGUAAUAGUGAUACAAAAACCCAUUUAUCUUGUCAUUAAAGUAAUAAAACAAUUAACAUUUA